AUGUUGGAUAUAAAGCCACGUAUUUAUUACAUUAUUUCAAGGGAAUGGGGCCCACAUACUGGUCCAGAUAAGGUUAAAAUAGUGGAGGUUGGUCCUCGAGAUGGACUACAGAAUGAAAAGCAAAUCAUACCAGAAGAUAUAAAAAUAAAUUUCAUCAAUCAAUUAUCUAAAACUGGUCUUAAAGCAAUAGAGGCUACCUCUUUUGUAUCAAAAAAAUGGGUACCACAGAUGGGUGAUGCAUAUGAAAUAAUGACAAAAAUUAAACGUGAACCUGGUGUAGAAUAUGUUGCUUUAACACCUAAUCUUUAUGGAUUUAAAAAUGCAAUUGCUGCUGGUGUUAACAAUAUUGCAAUAUUUAGUGCUGCAUCAGAAACUUUUUGUAAAAAAAAUAUUAAUUGCUCAAUUAAAGAAAGUCUAGAAAGUUAUAAUGAUGUGGUUAAUCAGGCUAAUGCAGAAGGAAUUGUGGUUAGAGGUUAUAUUUCUUGUGCUUUAGGAUGUCCUUAUGAAGGUGAAGUGUUACCUUUGACUGUAGCAAAGAUUGCUGAAAAAUUUUAUAAAAUGGGGUGUUACGAAAUAUCAUUAGCAGAUACAAUAGGUGUUGGAACUCCUGGUUCAAUGUUAAAACUGUUGGAAAGUGUAAAACAUCAUGUACCAAUUGGAAAAAUUGCAGUACAUUGUCAUGAUACUUAUGGUCAAGCCCUUGCUAAUAUAUGUUGUGCUAUAGAGAAUGGUGUAAGGAUCAUUGAUAGUUCUGCUGCAGGAUUAGGCGGUUGUCCUUUUGCUAAAGGAGCAACAGGUAAUGUUGCUACUGAAGAUGUAGUGUACAUGCUUGGAGGAAUGGGAUAUAUAACUGGUGUUGAUUUAAACAAAUUAGUUGAUGUUGGUAAUUACAUUUCUGAAUACUUGAAUAGACCAAAUGGAUCUAAGGCUGCUGUCGCAAUAACUAACAAAUUGAAAAAAUAA